AAGGCGACGGCCCUGCUGCCUCUCCAGCCAAGUGGCGGGAGUCGGGAGGCUGGAAAGCGACUCCGAGAAAGUACCAGCGGAAGGCGGCCGCCGCCACCGCGGCUCGCAGGGAGUAGCAGACGAAGACGGCGGCCGCCGCACUAGCCACCACGUGUGGAGGAUAAACGGCCUACACGGCCAUUCCGGCGCCGAGUCAAGGGAAAGAGUUAGCGACGACGGGGAAAGAAAACGUGAAGAGGGCGACCGCCGCUCCAGGGUCGCUGCAGGAAGCCUAAGUGGAGACGCCAGCUUCUCCCGGAGUGACUUGAGAAGGGUCGGUGAAAACCUCGGCCACUGCCGCAGCGUCUCUAGGGAGGGAGUUAGGGGAGAUAGUGGCCACAGUCACAGCUGCUCUUGGGAGAGAGUUAGGGGAGACCGCACCUUCUGCAGCAGCGACGUGAAUUUUAGUGAAGUUGGAGGCCACCAAACUACCGACUCCAGGGGAACAGCCAGAGAAGACCGAGGCCUCCGCCUCAGUGGUCCUUGGGAGCGAGUCAGUGACGUCCGGGGCUCGCGAACUAGUGACUUCGGGGAUAGAGUCAGUGACGAUCGCAGUCGCCGCCUCAGUGGCUCCUGGGAGGGAGGGAGUGUCGAUGGCGGCCACAGCCUUGGUAGUUCUUGGGAGAGAGUAAGUGGAGACCGCGGCUACGCAGCCAGUGACUCCUCCGGUGUGAGCGGCAGUGAAGACGCCAGCUGCCGCUUCAGUGGCUUUUGGGAGAGAGAAAGUGAAGACGAAGGUUUCCGCUGCAGCUUCUGGGAGAGAGCAAGAGAGGACCUUGGGCCCCGUCCUAGUGACGACGGAGAAGAGGGCCGGUGCCGCUGCCGCUGCAGUGGCUCGUGGGUGAGAGCAAGUGAAGACUGCCGCAGCAUCAGGGUCCUGGACUCAACUCCUCUCCAGAGUCGGAGGUGUUGCGCCAUGCCCGGGGUGGCCAAUUCAGGCCCCUCCACUUCCUCUAGGGAGACUGCAAACCCCUGUUCCAGGAAGAAGGUGCAUUUUGGCAGCAUAUAUGAUGCAGUACGAGCUGGAGAUGUAAAGCAGCUUUCAGAAAUAGUGGAACGUGGAGCCAGCAUUAAUGAAGUUGAUGUUCUCCAUAAGUUUACCCCUUUACAUUGGGCAGCACAUUCUGGAAGUUUGGAGUGUCUUCACUGGCUGCUCUGGCAUGGAGCUGAUAUCACACACGUAACAACGAGAGGUUGGACAGCAUCUCACAUAGCUGCAAUCAGGGGUCAAGAUGCUUGUGUACAGGCUCUUAUAAUGAAUGGAGCAGAUCUGACAGCCCAGGAUGACCGGGGAUGCACUGCUUUACAUCUUGCUGCAACUCAUGGACAUUCUUUCACUUUACAAAUAAUGCUCCGAAGUGGAGUGGAUCCCAGUGUGACCGAUAAGAGAGAAUGGAGACCUGUGCAUUAUGCAGCUUUUCAUGGGCGGCUUGGCUGCUUGCAACUUCUUGUUAAAUGGGGUUGUAGCAUAGAAGAUGUGGACUGCAAUGGAAACCUUCCAGUUCACUUAGCAGCCAUGGAAGGCCACCUUCACUGCUUCAAAUUCCUAGUCAGUAGAAUGAGCAGUGCAACGCAAGUUUUAAAAGCUUUCAAUGAUAAUGGAGAAAAUGUAUUGGAUUUGGCCCAGAGGUUCUUCAAGCAGAACAUUUUACAAUUUAUCCAGGGGGCUGAGUAUGAAGGAAAAGACCUAGAGGGUCAGGAAACUUUAGCAUUUCCAGGUCAUGUGGCUGCCUUUAAGGGUGAUUUGGGGAUGCUUAAGAAAUUAGUAGAAGAUGGAGUAAUCAAUAUUAAUGAGCGUUCUGAUAAUGGAUCAACUCUUAUGCAUAAAGCUGCUGGACAAGGCCACAUAGAGUGUUUGCAGUGGUUAAUUAAAAUGGGAGCAGACAGUAGUAUUACCAACAAAGCAGGGGAGAGACCCAGUGAUGUGGCAAAGAGGUUUGCCCAUUUGGCAGCAGUGAAGCUGUUAGAGGAGCUACAGAAAUGUGAUAUAGAUGAUGAAAAUGAAAUCGAUGAAAAUGAUGUGAAAUAUUUUAUAAGACAUGGUGUUGAGGGAAGCACUGAUGCCAAGGAUGAUUUAUGUCUGACUGACUUGGAUAAAACAGAUGCCAGAAUGAGAGCUUACAAGAAAAUUGUAGAAUUGAGACACCUCCUGGAAAUUGCUGAGAGCAACUAUAAACACUUGGGAGGCAUAACAGAAGAAGAUUUAAAGCAGAAGAAAGAACAGCUUGAGUCUGAAAAGACCAUCAAAGAACUGCAGGGCCAGCUGGAGUAUGAACGACUACGUAGAGAAAAAUUAGAAUGUCAGCUUGAUGAAUAUCGAGCAGAGGUUGAUCAACUCAGGGAAACACUGGAAAAAAUUCAGGUCCCCAACUUUGUGGCUAUGGAAGACAAUGCUUCUUGUGAGUCAAACAAAGAGAAGAGGCGAGUAAAAAAAAAGGUUUCUUCUGGAGGGGUGUUUGUGAGAAGCUAGUGAAAAUUUACGACUCUCUCGGGGCCAGCUGUGUAGCUCUUGUCUCCCCCUGAAGAUCUGUCACUGGUUUUGGGCUUCCCUGGCAGCAGCCAUCUCACCAUUCCAUAGACUGCCCACCCUUUGGACCUUUGCAUGUACUUCAUGUGGACGCUAAAGUCAUUUUGACCUGGUAUCAUCAGAACUAGUUUGCUGUGACAAGAGUGCAUUUGAUUGCUGAAACCAGUUCAGCAGGUUAAGGAUCUGUAAACAAGUGUUAAAAAAUGAACUUUGGCUUCCUUCCUCCCUCCCUCUCUUUCUUUCUUUCUUUCUUUCUUCUCUUUCCCUCUCUGGCCCAGGCUACAAUCUACUCCGCUUGCUGCUGCCCGCGCCGCGGACUGACUGGGACUGCCGGCGCGCGCGACCACUCCCUGCCUCUUCUCCUUUCGCUGCACGCACGCGUUCGCCAUCUUGGCCACGCUGGUCGCCAGCUCCUGACGCUGAGUGCUCUGCCCGCCUCAGCCUCCCGAGGUACUGGGACUACAGACGGAGUCUCGCUAACCCAGUGCUCGGAGUUGCCCGGGCUGGAGUGCGGUGGCGUGGUCUGGCCUCGCGGCAGCCUCUGCCCCCCAGCCGCCUGCCUUGGCCUACCAGGGUGCUGGGAUUGCAGCCCCUGCCCGGCCGCCGCCCCAUCUGGGAAGUGAGGAGCGCCUCUGCCCGGCCGCCCCGUCUGGGAAGUGAGGAGCGCCUCUGCCCGGCCACCCACCGUCUGGGAAGUGAGGAGCGCCUCUGCCCGGCCACCCACCGUCUGGGAAGUGAGGAGCGCCUCUGCCCGGCCGCCCCGUCUGGGAAGUGAGGAGCGCCUCUGCCCGGCCGCCCCGUCUGGGAAGUGAGCAGCGCCUCUGCCCGGCCACCCAUCGUCUGGGAAGUGAGGAGCGCCUCUGCCUGGCCGCCCUGUCCGGGAAGAAGUGAGGAGCGCCUCUGCCCGGGUGCCCCGUCCGGGAAGAAGUGAGGAGCGCUUCUGCCCGGCCGCCCCAUCCGGGAAGAAGUGAGGAGCGCCUCUGCCCGGCCGCCCCGUCCGGGAAGAAGUGAGGAGCGCCUCUGCCCAGCCGCCCCGUCUGGGAAGUGAGGAGCGCCUCUGCCCGGCCGCCCCGUCCGGGAAGAAAUGAGGAGCGCCUCUGCCCGGGCGCCCCGUCCGGGAAGAAGUGAGGAGCGCCUCUGCCCGGCCGCCCCGUCCGGGAAGAAGUGAGGAGCGCCUCUGCCCGGCCGCCCCAUCUGGGAGGUGAGGAGCGCCUCUGCCCGGCCACCCAUCGUCUGGGAAGUGAGGAGCGCCUCUGCCCGGCCACCCACCGUCUGGGAAGUGAGGAGCGCCUCUGCCUGGCCGCCCCGUCUGGGAAGUGAGGAGCGCCUCUGCCCGGCCGCCCCGUCUGGGAAGUGAGGAGCGCCUCUGCCUGGCCGCCCCGUCUGGGAAGUGAGGAGGACCUCUGCCCGGCCACCCAUCGUCUGGGAAGUGAGCAGCACCUCUGCCCGGCCGCCCCGUCCGGGAAGAAAUGAGGAGCGCCUCUGCCCGGGCGCCCCAUCCGGGAAAAAGUGAGGAGCGCCUCUGCCCGGCCGCCCCAUCUGGGAGGUGAGGAGCGCCUCUGCCCGGCCACCCAUCGUCUGGGAAGUGAGGAGCGCCUCUGCCCGGCCACCCACCGUCUGGGAAGUGAGGAGCGCCUCUGCCUGGCCGCCCCGUCUGGGAAGUGAGGAGCGCCUCUGCCUGGCCGCCCCGUCCGGGAAGAAACGAGGAGCGCCUCUGCCCGGGCGCCCCGUCCGGGAAGAAGUGAGGAGCGCCUCUGCCCGGCCGCCCCAUCCGGGAAGAAGUGAGCGCCUCUGCCCGGCCACCCCAUCUGGGAGGUGAGGAGUGCCUCUGCCCGGCCACCCAUCGUCUGGGAAGUGAGGAGCGCCUCUGCCCGGCCACCCACCAUCUGGGAAGUGAGGAGCGCCUCUGCCCGGCGACCCCGUCUGGGAAGUGAGGAGUGCCUCUGCCUGGCCACCCAUCGUCUGGGAAGUGAGGAGCGCCUCUGCCCGGCCGCCCCGUCCGGGAAGAAGUGAGGAGCGCCUCUGCCCGGCCGCCCCGUCCGGGAAAAAGUGAGGAGCGCCUCUGCCCGCCCGCCCCGUCCGGGAAGAAGUGAGGAGCAACUCUGCCCGGCCGCCCCGUCCGGGAAGAAGUGAGGAGCGCCUCUGCCCGGCCGCCCCGUCCGGGAAGAAGUGAGGAGCGCCUCUGCCCGGCCGCCCCGUCCGGGAAGAAGUGAGGAGCGCCUCUGCCCGGCCGCCCCGUCGGGAAGAAGUGAGGAGCGCCUAUGCCCGGCCGCCCUGUCCGGGAAGAAGUGAGGAGCGCCUCUGCCCGGCCGCCCCGUCGGGAAGAAGUGAGGAGCGCCUAUGCCCGGCCGCCCUGUCCGGGAAGAAGUGAGGAGCGCCUCUGCCCGGCCGCCCUGUCUGGGAGGUGAGGAGCGCCUCUGCCCGGCUACCCAUCGUCUGGGAGGUGAGGAGCGCCUCUGCCCGGCCACCCAUCGUCUGGGAGGUGAGGAGCGCCUCUGCCCGGCCACCCAUCGUCUGGGAGGUGAGGAGCGCCUCUGCCCGGCUGCCCCAUCUGGGAAGUGAGGAGCGCCUCUGCCCGGCCACCCAUCGUCUGGGAAGUGAGGAGCGCCUCUGCCCGGCCGCCCCGUCUGGGAAGUGAGGAGCGCCUCUGCCCGGCCGCCCCGUCCGGGAAGAAGUGAGGAGCGCCUCUGCCCGGCCACCCAUUGUCUGGGAAGUGAGGAGCGCCUCUGCCCGGCCACCUAUCGUCUGGGAAGAAGUGAGGAGCGUCUCUGCCUGGCCGCCCCGUCUGGGAAGUGAGGAGCUCCUCUGCCCGGCCGCCCCGUGUCUGGGUAGAAGUGAGGAGCUCCUCUGCCUGGCCGCUCCGUCUGGGAGGUCUACCACGGAGGCCAGAAGCAAUGUGGGGGCUGGACGUGGUGGCUCACGCCUGUGGUCCCGGCACUCUGGGGGGCGAGGCGGGUUGAUCACUUUGGGCUAGGAGUUCAAGACCAGUCUGGCCAACUUGGCGAAACAUGAAGAAUACAACAGACAAACCAACCAACCAACUCAGUGACAACAAAACAGGUCUACCCUGGAGUCAUACUCUAAUUUUUUCUAUUUUCCUCCCUUUCUGAUCCUUUAUCCCACUUUCUUUUUCUUCCUCUUCCUUCUCCCUCUUCUUUGUCAAAUAGAGGAUUGAGUUAUUAUCACUGAUCCAUAUAAAGUCCCUCUCUCAUUUAUUUUAACUCCCACCCCCCAUUUCUAUUCCCCAACUUUCCAUGUGCAACCUUCCUAAUAUGUUUGAUACGCAUCUUUUUGUUUGUAUGUAUUUUUAGAAAAUGUUUAUUGUUUUUGUAUGCAAAAAAAAAUUAAUAAACCUACUCACCAUUGCAGAUGAAACAAAACAAAACAAAACAAAAAAAAAAACAAACAAAAAAAAACAAAACAAAACAAAAAAAAAAAAUGAACUUUGGCUUCCAAGGUUAAUCCCAGCUCUGCAUUGUUGUGUAAUCCUAGGCAAAACUACUUAAUCUCUUUAUAUAAAAUAUACCUACCUCAUAUGGCUGUCAUUGGGAGAAUUAAGAGGUAGUAGAGGACUUGGAACAGAUCUUACACAAAGUGCCCAAUAAAUGUUGACAACUAUUAUUACUAUAGAUUGAAAGCCACAGAAGAACUAAAAAUAGUGAAUAUAAGGGUUAUUAAAAGGAUAGGUGAGUCAUUUUUUAACACUUGCUUACAGACCCUUAGCCAGCUGAACUGGUUUCAGCAGUCAAAUGCACUCUUGUCAGGGCAAACUAGUUCUGAUACUAGGUCAAAAUGGCUUUAGUGUCCAUGUGAGAUAGAUGCAAGGGUCCAGAGGGUGGGAAGUCUGGGGUAUGGUGAGAGGGCUCCUACCAGGGAAGCCCAAAACCAGCGACAGAUCUUCAGGGGGAGACAGGAGCCACAGAGCUGGCCCCAAGAGAAUCAUAAUUC